GUUUGACCAAACUGGGGGAGGCAGUGGAAGACAGGAGGGCCUGGCGUGCUCUGGUCCAGGGGGUCACGAAGAGGCAGACACGACUAAACGACUCAGCAACAGCAACAUGCUGGACCUCGGCAGGUAUAAAGAGAGAGGCGAGGAAAUCUUCCCUUCCCUAACCUGGUGCCCUCCGGAUAUUUUGCAGGAAAACUCACGCACCGGCUGAGUUGCUGAAGGGCUGCAGUUGUGACACCUGCCAGCGAAAGGAGGCGUUGGGGAACUGGAGGACAGAGCGGGCUCUAGUGGGCCAAGGGCCUGGAUGUCUGCCUUCUCUGGAAUUGAGAGUGGAGACUUGUGGGUUAUUAGAACUAGGGGGCAAGAUCUAGAAUUCCCGAGUCCUCUGGAAGGGCAGGCUAGAAGCUCUUGACGCCAAGGUGCGCUUGGAGGGUGGAACAGCCAGCUGGCAGCAUCAAACUUUGCAUUUAGCCGCAAUGUGUGUUUCUAUGCAGCCCAAGAAGAAGCGGCGCAGCUCAUCCACUGAGACCACAGAAGAUAAGAAGGGCAGAGGAGAUUCCAUCUCUAUCCAGGUCUUCCCUCCAGAACUGCUGUACUACAUUAUCUCCUUCCUGCCUGUCAAGGAUGUGGUGGCUCUGGGCCAGACCUGCCGGUACUUCUAUGAGGUGUGCGACAGUGAGGGGGUCUGGCAGAGGAUCUGCCGCCGCCUUUCUCCUCGCCUGCGGGACGAGAACUCUGGUGGCAGCCGGCCGUGGAAGAGAUCGGCCAUACUCAACUACACCAAGGGCUUGUACUUCCAGAUGUUCAGCGGCCGCCGGCACUUUGUCAGCAAGACGGUUGCCCCGCUGCUCUCGCACGGCUACCGGAAGUUCUUGCCCACCAAGGACCACGUCUUCAUCCUGGACUACAACGGCACCCUCUUCUUCCUCAAGAACGCCCUGGUCUCCUCCACCAUGGGCCACAUCCAGUGGCGCCGCGCCUGCCGCUACAUGGUACUCUGCCGCAGUGCCAAGGACUUUGCCACGGACCCCCGGAGCGACACUGUCUACCGCAAGUACCUGUACGUGCUGGCCACCCGCGAACAGCCGGUUACGGCAGCCGUGGGGCGCAGCAGCGAGGGCUCCAGCCCAGCCGGCAGCGGGCGCCUCUGCGACUGCGUGGAGGUCUACCUGCAAUCCAGCGGGCAGCGGGUGUUCAAGAUGACCUUCCACUUCUCCAUGAAGUUCAAGCAGAUUGUGCUGGUGGGGCAGGAGACGGAGAGGUCCCUCUUGCUCCUGACAGAGGAAGGGAAGAUCUACAGUUUGGUGGUGAACGAGACCCAGCUGGACCAGCCGCGCUCCUACACUGUGCAGCUGGCUCUGCGCAAAGUCUCCAAGUGCCUCCCUCACAUCUCUGUCCGCAACAUGCACUCCAACCAGAGCAGCGCCGUCUACCUCACAGACGAGGGCACCGUCUACUUUGAGGUCCACUCGCCCGGUGUUUACCGCGACCUCUUUGGCACCCUCCAUGCGUUCGACCCGCUGGAUCAGCAGAUGCCCCUGGCUCUCUCCCUCCCGGCUAAGGUCCUCAGCUGUGCCCUUGGCUACAACCACCUGGGGCUAGUGGACGAGUUUGGGCGGAUCUUCAUGCAAGGAAAUAACCGCUAUGGCCAGCUAGGCACAGGCGACAAGAUAGACCGCGGGGAGCCUGCCCAGGUGCAUUACCUCAAGUGCCCCAUCGACCUCUGCUGUGGCCUCAACCACACACUGGUGCUGAGCCAGAGUGGAGACUUCAGCAAGGACCUGAUGGGCUGCGGCUGCGGAGCUGGAGGGCGCCUGCCCGGGUGGCCCAAAGGCAGCGCCUCUUUCGUCCGGCUGCACACCAAGGUGCCGCCCUGCGCCCGCCGCAUCUGCUCCACCCGCGAGUGCCUCUACAUGCUGUCCAGCCACGACAUUGAGGAGGUCCCCGCCUACCGCGAGCUGCCGGCCAGCAAGGCAGGGGUGGCGCCGAGCGACACGGAGGCCAUGGCUGCCCGGGCGUGCGAGGAGUACCUGAGCCAGCUGCACAAGUGCCCGACGCUGGAGGGGCGCAUGGCCAAGAUGAAGGAAGCCGUCGGCAGCAUGCCCCUCAUGGCCUUCCAGAAGGACUUCUUCUGGGAGGCUCUGGACAUGAUCCAGCGGGCGGCGGAAAUCCAGGAAGCCCCUGCGCCCAGCUAGCUGUCGCCGGCCGCGGCUCCCUCUCACCCUGCCCCUCCUGUCACCCCACCCCACCCGUUAGACGCAUCAUGGAUCAUGAUUAACCGAUAGAGAAGACUUCAGACUGAACAAUUGGGCGUAAAUAAAGCACAAGACCUAACGCAGCCUCCCCUGGACCGUGCUGGGGUAAGUGACGAAACGGCGGGGCUGGGGCGUCCUUGGAGGAGCCCGGAAGGGGCCGCACGCAAUGCGCGGAUGCAGAGGUGCGCAUUGCCAACAUCGUAUGGUUCUUCAAAUCUGUGGUGCUCACCUCGUAAAGGGUAGGGUUGAGAAAGCUUCGGGAAAGGUUGCGGCGUUUGGGAAUUUUGAGUUUGGAGGAAGAGGCGACAUGAUAGAAGUUUUGAGUGGCACGGAGAAAACAGAUGGCCUGGAGGCAUUGAUGCUUUGGAGGACCAGUUUCUUGCUGGAAACCACAGGAGGGGAGAGCGUUGCUCUUGUGCUCGAAUCCUGCUUCCCAUAAGGGGCAUCUGUUUGGCCACU